CACCCCGCAGUAGUUUUAUCAAUGAAAGGCUAAAAAUAGCGCUGUUCACCGUAUGUUCACGGCAGAAGUCAAAAAAGACGUAAAAUUAGUGUUUAAUACCUCAGAUUAGAUAAAUGGGCGGAGAGAAGGCGGUCGCAUGUGGCUGUUUGAACGCAUUCAACCACAUUGCGUUCCGCAACUCCACAGCGAUCCGAUCGAAAGUGGUUUCGACUACCUCUGAAUGUGGUUGAAAGUGGUCGAAAGUGGACGCGUUCAAAACGUUUUGAACACCGUUUACACCUGGCAUUAACGUCGUCCACUUGUGAUCCGAUCGACGAAAACGCAUGUUAAUGCCAAGUGUAAACAGCCUCUAUGUGUUUAUUGCGGCACUUUUGACCGGACCAAUGUGGAGACACUGUUGACAUCGGAGCACUGGGCCACAACCUUCAAUACGUCAUCAACUAGCGACAUCUAAAUUCAACUGGCGGCGCGAAGCUAUCUGCCUACUAUUUCUAUGGCAACGUCUAAAACACAGGCAAGAAAUCCACAUUAGGAGACUUUAAUGUUUCGAAUGUUGUGAAUUAUAAAGAUGACACAGUCCAUAGUAGUUCAAGUUGGUCAGUGCGGGAAUCAGGUGGGUUGCCGCUUCUGGGACCUUGCGCUAAGAGAACACGCACACGUCAAUCAAAAAGGAGUUUAUGAUGAGGCAAUCAGCAGCUUCUUUAGAAACGACGAUUCAAGGAGAGCUGAUGGAGCUAACUAUACAGGGGGCAGAAUCACCGCUCUAAAGGCCAGGGCUGUUUUAGUAGACAUGGAGGAGGGAGUUCUGGGAGAGAUUUUGCAGGGGCCGUUGCGUCAGCUUUUCAGCAGCACACAGCUUAUAAGUGAUGUCUCUGGUUCAGGAAAUAACUGGGCAGUCGGGCACCAUACAUACGGCUCAGCCUACAGAGAGCAGAUUGUGGAUCAAGUCCGCAGGGCAGCAGAACAGUGUGAUUGCCUUCAGUGUUUCUUUCUCAUUCACUCCAUGGGAGGAGGAACAGGUUCAGGUUUAGGGACAUUUGUGUUGAAGCUUCUUGAAGAGGAGUUCCCAGAGGUCUAUAGGAUAGUGACUUCUGUCUACCCGACAGCAGAAGAUGAUGUGAUCACCUCUCCCUACAACAGCGUGCUGGCCAUGAAAGAGCUGACAGAGCACGCAGACUGUGUUCUGCCUGUUGAUAACCAAUCACUUGUGGAUAUUGUUGGUAAGAUACAGCAUAUGUCCUACACUGGUAAACCAGGCUGUGUCAUCAAGAAGAACUGUACCAUCAUUUCUGGACAGGGAGGGGUGGUAAAGGUCGAGAAGCCUUUUGAUGCCAUGAACAACAUUGUAGCCAACCUUCUUCUUAAUAUUACUAGCUCAGCACGAUUUGAGGGCUCUCUCAACAUGGAUUUGAAUGAGAUAGCCAUGAACCUGGUACCAUUUCCACAGCUACAUUAUCUAGUGUCCAGUCUUACUCCUCUCUACACACUUGCAGAUGUUAAUAUACCAACAUGCAGGCUGGAUCAGAUGUUCUCAGAUGCAUUCAGUAAGGAACAUCAGCUGAUCAGAGCUGACCCCAAACACAAUCUUUAUCUAGCUUGUGCUCUAAUGUUGCGUGGAAACGUUCAGCUCUCUGACCUGCGGAGGAACAUUGAGCGUCUGAAGCCCACCCUACCAUUUGUCCCAUGGAAUCAGGAGGGCUGGAAGACUAGCCUGUGUUCUGUCCCUCCUGUGGGUCACACACACUCUCUACUGACAUUGGCCAACAACACUUGUGUCAAGUCCACCUUUGGUGAUUUAAGGGAGCGUUUUCUGAAGCUCUACCGUAAAAAGGCCCACCUGCAUCAUUAUCUAGCAGUGGAUGGCAUGGAGUCAGCUGGAUUUAGUGAGGCAUUGUCAUGUCUCUCAGCCCUUAUAGAGGACUACACUCACCUGGAAAGCCCUCUUAUGCCCAACGCCCCCAGACUCUCCAUCGCCACAUGAAUGUGUGUAUAUUUGUAAGGCAACGUGAACAAAUGUUUCUGUAUUUGUUUAUACAUUUCAUAUAAAAAAUGUUUAUAUAAAUUAUACAUUUUCAUAUUUUUGUAACAUCUAACAUUUAAAAUGUUUUCAGAAACAAUUCUAUGAAAUGACUUUAACAGUCAGUGGGCCCUAUCUUGCACCCAGCGCAAUUGACUUUGUCAGUGACGCAUGUAUCAUUCAUAUUUUGCACCGGCGCACAGCGGGUUUUUCCCUCUACAGACGCACGUCGGCAAACUAUUGAAUGAACUUGCGCUCCCUGGGCAGUUCAGCGCAAAAAAGAGGCGUGUUCCGGCGCAAACCAUCCCUGAUGCUAUUUUGCAGUUUCAAAAACCAAUUGCGCCACUGACCAGAAAAAAAAGUUUAAAGUCAGUUGCGUGUUGUUCAUUAUGCUAUUUUAAGGGCGCAUGCUUGACCAUAAUGUAUAGCGUGCACAACGCGCGCACAUCUACACAGAUGCAACAGUUAUUUUUGCAAAUCAUAAAUUGUUACAAUAAAAAAUAUUAACACAUGAGAUAAGGGGAAUCAUAGUGGUGAGCAUUGUCGUGAUAGUUUUUAUUUAUUGUGUGGCUGCGUUAAAAAAUUAUCAUGCAAAUAACGAUUAAAAUAUUUUCAUACGUUUUUGUGUGGCUGUAUUACGUUUAUUUUAUGUAAAUAAUAAUUAAAAUGUUUUCAUAAGAAACCUUAAAGUAUAUGAACUUGAUUUGUAAGUGUUCUUUGGGGUUGGACCUUGCUUGCGUUUCUUGGGUCCGAUUUCAAAGCCCCCAAACCCUUUCAGCUGUGAGGGUGGACGCAGAUCUGUGUAGAGGCAGAUCCACCUCCCGUUACACGGCGUGGCCGAUUUAUGCUGGCAAGCUUGGGAUUCCCCCGUCUCCUGACAUCAUUGUAGCGCUUGGCUGAUGAGACUGUGGCUAUUUCCUCUCACGCCUGUUUAACCUACGCUGAUUUGGGCGGGUUUCUCCUAUCCCCAUACAAAACAACUUCUCUGUCUUUGACUGCUCUUACAAGAACGUGGGUCUCCUCGGCUGUGAACCGCUCCUGGCGUGUGCCUGGUAAAUCCGUCAUAAUAAAAGCAACCCGCCAUGGAACUUGCGCCCUUGCGUUUAAAGGGAAUGUUGGAUAGCGUUCUGAUUGGUUUAUUUGAUGUUACGCCCAAACCACACCUAUGAAUAAUAAACCAACUUCAGACCAACCCCUUAUUGAUUUGCGCCCGGCGCAAGAGUUAUUUCUCACGCCGGGAAAAUAGCAACAGCGCCCAAGAUCCGCCCACAAACUCACUUGCGCGUUGCGCUUCGCACUUGCGUUUCAGAUCGUUAAAAUAGGGCCCAGUAUGUUUUUGAUGUAAAAUGUCUCCUGCGUUAUAUCUGAAAGAAAUACGGUAAAACUUUAAAAAGGUUGUUAACAAUUAGUUUAUGCAUUAGCUAACAUGACCUAACAAUGAACAAUACUUCUACACCAUUGAUUAAUUUUUGCCAUUCACUAAUGCAUUUAUAACAUCAAGUGCUGUAACUGUUAACAUUAAUUAACGCACCAUGAACUAAAAUGAAUAACUGUAUUAGACAUUAAAAAGAAUGAAUACAUCCUGAAAAACAAUAUUUGUUCAUGUUACUUAAUGCAUGUCGGUGCCAGUGUGCGUAUUCUCAUAGAAAACAAUGUGUUCAAUUUCGUCCGGUGUGCGACCCCCCCCCCCCCCCCCCCCCUUAAGACUCCUCAGACAUCAGUUCUCCUUCCUAUUUGAUUUUCUCUGUAUAUGUUGAAGUUUGGUAUCAUUGUUUUUGCUUAUGAAACGUAACAAUCUUCUUAGCAAGGUAAAUAAUGUAUCUGCUCCAACUUUCUCAGUUGAGCUUAAUCAGAAGUUUUAGUUUCUGAUUUAAGGAGUGCUUGUUUUGAUAUAUUUAUAACCUCAGAUAUGCUGCAUUUACCCACUUCCAUUUUAAGACACUUUUGAUGUUCUUUGUAAAUAAAGAGACAUAAGUCAAAACAAUCAUUCAUAUACGUUAUGCCUUUUAAAAUUAUAAAAAAAAUAUCAUGUCAAAUUCCACUUCUGCAUAGGGCCGAUAACGAUUCCUGUGUCUGGAAUCGAAAUAAUCGAUUCCAAGAAUCGAUUCCUCUCUGUUAUUUUCUAUUCUUUUUUAUACCAGCACUGUAUCUAACAUUGUCGCAUCUUACCGUGCCACACGGCGAGAAGCUCUCUAACGUUACACUAUGACUUUUGCAAAUCCAUUUGUCCUUCAUUUUAGAUGUAUUGUGAGUCCUGCUUGGUUAUAAAUAUAAUGUGGCCUUCACUGGAUUUGUCACGUCGUGUUUUCUGCAUCAUGUGUAGACAGUAGACACAGUGUAAAGACGAGGAAUAUGUUCACCAGAUUCUAUUUACACACACACACACACACGUACUACACGUAUGUGGAUAGAUAGAUUUUUAUUUAUUUGUGGUACAUAUAUUUCAUCCAGUAUCAUAAAACUAUAGCUAAAAUCCCUGUUAAAUUCUAAAAGCAUUUUGUUCAGGAACAGACUCAUGCACACUUUACACAUACAAACUUUUUAGGCCUUUACACAUAUAAAAGUGCACCAGACUACUGAUGUUGACCUUGGAGGCAUUUUUCUUCGCGUGAGCUUGAUUUAUUGUUGUUGUUGAUGGAGUUAAACUUCUUGUCCUAAACUACAACAAGUAGCCUAAGAUCAAACCCCACCCAGCAACCGAUUCUAAAUAUUUCAUUGAAGUCAGUCAUUGCCUACACACAAUGCUGAAAUAAUCAUCCUGCCCUUACCAUACUCUGUCACGAAUAAAUUCAUUUAUUUAGUAUGAACUUUAUUUCUUUACAGGUGACGUGAUUGUGUUGACAAAUUAAAUCGGCUACAUUUGCGUAAAAAAUAUUAAGGAGAAGUCGAUUUCCCUUAAUGGAAUCGUUUUCUACCUUUGGAAUCGACUCUCAAUUCCUAACACCUUGGAAUCGAGGAAUCAAUUCUUUUUAGUACUGUUUUCCCAUUGAAUUAGAAGUUGUUCUACACUCUGUUUUCUACAUCUGAAAACACUUGCCCUUACAGUUUUGUUGUUUUUUAGUAAUCUAAUGCUCCCCCCCCCCCAAAAAAAAGACUUCUGAACUCUUAAUCUCUAUUGACCAAUAUUGCACUUUAGUAAUUCUACUCUUCUACUAAAAGUUAUAUUAUAUACUCCUCCAUAUGCACACUUUGCAUACUGUGUAAUUGGCACAUUGUUUUGUAUAUUAUGGAUUAUUAUUUAUAUACAUACACAACAUCAUUUACAUAUUGUAAGUUGAUAUGUGUACAGAUAUUUGCAAAUCAGUUGUGUAUAUCUGAUGUCUAAUGUAAUAUUGUCUCAAAUCGGUCUACAUUUCCCACUACUUUCAAAACUGCUAUGUUGACUUUCACGACCUACUGUUGCACUUGUGUAUAGUUGCAUAAGUUGUGUUUAAAUGUGCAAUCUAAAUAAAUGAAGAAAAAAAAUCGCAUUUUACAUUUUUAUUU